AUGGAAUAUCUGAAUGCGCUGCAGUCCCCAGUUGAUGAACUGAAACCCUCUCUCUUCGAACUCCUCGCAGAACAACAACUCUCAUCUCUACUCCCGCCUACACUCCGCUACCUCCUUGCGGUUGCUACGCACCGAUACCCUCGCUACUUGCUACGCGUCCUGAACAACUACGAUGAAGUCUAUGCCCUGCUCGGGAUUAUCGUGGAGAAAUACUACCUCAAGACCUUCGGCGGCAGUUUCACCGAAAAUUUUUAUGCCUUGAAGCGCGAGAAGGUAUUGCGCGUGGAUGGCGGCGAGAUCAAAAGAACCCAGCUGGCGGUGCCUGAUGAAGUCCGCCAGAGGUUAAAACUGGGCGGCGCUGACAUAUGGAAGAACCUGCUAGUCAUGGUCGGCAUACCAUAUCUGAAGAGGAAGCUGGAUGAGAGUUAUGACAUCCACAUCGCUCCCAGCGCCAGUCUGCUCAUGAGUGGUAGCCAUGGGGGUCCGCGGUAUUUGGACCGUGAUGCGAUGCCGCCGAAUCCAACUGUCAAGCAGAGGUUCCUCUUUUACUACAAGUGGUUUCUGCGGAAUGUCUAUCCCAGCGUGAACGCGGCCUACUAUUUCAGCAUCCUCGCUUUCAGCUUGGGCUAUCUCUUUGAUAACACCAAAUACCCCAGUCCUUUCCUGUGGAUGAUCGGGACUAGAAUGAGAAGGAUGGGAGCAGCAGACUUUCGAGCUAUCGAUGCUGCCUCUGCAGCUGCGGAGAAGGCUACCACGGCAGCAGGCAGACCGGGACAGGGCCUCAGUGGCAUCCUCAGUCCGAGAACAUUGUAUCCUCGGUUGUUGUCUAGUUUGAAGAUACUAUUGCCAACUAGUAUUUUCGCAUUGAAAUUCCUGGAGUGGUGGCACGCCAGCGAUUUCUCCCGACAAUUGACCCGAAAGGCUGCUGAGGGUCUCGAACUACCGCCACCAAUUGUCUCCGGGAUGGAUCUGGCAACUAAGCCGGUGGCAGAGAAGGAGACAAGAGGCAUCACCGCAAAGAAUAGCGCCAAACGCUCUCCUCCACUCUCGAGCACGACUUAUCUUCCUAUUUUUACAGUCCCUCCACCACCAUCCAGUGACCUUUGUCCCAUCUGCCUCCAUCCAAUCUCAACCGCGGCAGCGUGCCAAACGGGCUAUGUGUAUGAUUUCAAAUGCAUUUUCCAGUGGGUUGAGGGACAACACGAACGACAGGAGGCUUUCAUGAAAGGUGAAAAGACCAAUGAAUGGGAAGACGAUGAAGACAACGACGAGGACGAGAAGACAGAUGGCCACAAGUCCAAAGAACAGAAAAGUCGCGAAGGGAGCUGGGAGAGCGGCAAGGGUCGCUGUGCUGUCACGGGUCGAAGAGUACUCGGCGGGACGAGUGGCCUGCGCCGGGUGAUGGUCUAG